AGACAAAACAAACAAUGAUGUUUUCGGAUCUUCCACGGGAUUUACAAGCAGAAAUACUCUCAAGGGUUCCGGCCAGAUCUCUACAAAAAUUGAAACCUACUUGCAAGCGGUGGUACACUUUGUUCAAAGAUCCUGGAUUCCUCAAGAAGAACUUGGGUAGAGCGGAAAGAGGGUUGCUUAUGCUCAUGAAUUCCUCCAGGGUUUGUUCAAUUAGUAUCAAUCUCCCUGGCAUCCACAACAGCGUUGAUCCGUCCUUUGACGUAACAGGUGUACUUGUCAGUAAGAAUGAUCCAGAAGAUGUCAAGAUAUCUGAUAUCUUUCAGUGCAACGGUUUAUUAUUGUGCACCACUACUGACAGGAGACUCGUGGUUUGGAACCCUUAUACUGGUCAGACCAGGUGGAUCCCAAACAGAUCCAGCAACGCACUGUUCCAUAAGUUUGUUUUAGGAUACGAGCAGGAUUCUUGCAGUUACAAGGUCUUGAGGUAUAAGUCAUAUGAUUCGUUAGGCCCGUUAGGUGCGGAGUUUGAAAUCUAUGAGUUUAACUCUGAUUCAUGGUGUAGUUUUUAUGACGUCUCUCCUAAUUGUUCCUUCGAAUCUAAGGGCGUGUCGUUGAAGGGGAAUACUUACUGGAUUGCUUCAGAUACAGAAGGUCCCUUCGGUACAUUCGGACUCAGGUUUGAUUUCACAACAAAAAAAUUUGGACGUUUCUCUCUUCCUUUUCAGAGUGAUGAUGCUGGUGGUGUUGUGGAUAGUAUGAUUCUAUCAGUUGUUAGGGAAGAGAAGCUUGCUUUGUUAUAUGAGAGGUUUGAAUAUUUUACAAAGGAUCCUUCGGAGAUGAAGAUAUGGGUGACCAAUACUAAAAUCGAGGAGGCCAAAGACUUGUCGUGGAGCGAUUUCUUGGUAGUGGAUUUUCCUAAAUUGAUGGUAACAAGGAUGACAAAUGCGAGGAGUUUCUUGGUGGAUGAGGAGAAAAAAAUGGUCGUGUUUUGUGAUACAGACAGCGAUGUUCAAUACAGGACAAGAGUUUACUUUGUCGGAGAGAAUGUGUACCAAGAAGUUUAUAAAGAGACUACUACAGGUGAAUCAUUUUGCUAUUGGCCACGUCUCGUCAGCCCGGAUUCGAAUUGA